GGAACAUAUUUAUCUCAAAGUAGAUAUUCGUGCGCUGCUGACACGCCGACAUCAACAUUCUUUUACCCACUUAGUUACCGAGUUCAAAACGGCAAAUUGUACGGCACAUAUCCGUCACAGGAAUAUCAAAUAUCAAUAUCAAGACUUUUGAAAGAAUCAUCUUGAAAAACAUAUCAAUAUCAGGGUGAUGUCAAUGUCGGUGACUGUGCUGUGCCCCGGCGGCCGCCGCCAGGUGGUCAAGGUCACUCCGAACACCAGCCUUCUGCAGAUCCUGGAGGAGGCAUGCGGCAAGCAGAAGCUGGAUGCCAAGUCAUUCAAUCUGAUGCACUACAACCGCCGCCUAGACCUGAGCAGCUCGGUGCGUUUCGCCAGCCUGCCGAACCGCGCGCAGCUGGAGCUGGCAGCCUCGGAGGAGAGCCGGGUGGACAGUGACGUCACGCUGGCCCUGCAGUUGCCAGAUGGACAGAGGCUGGUCAAACAGUUCCCCUGUGCCGCCACUCUGUACGAGGUGCUCGCAGACCACUCUGUACUGCCCUCGGACGACCUCACCGUUCCUGUCUGUAUCUACGCGCGUCGCGAGGUAGCGGGGGCGGCCGCCCUCAAAGCCACCACCAUCAGAAGUCUGGGGCUGACCGGCGGCAAGGCCAUACUACGGUACGCCCCUCGGCCCGCCAAUCAGGAGGCCGGCAGUCAGGCACAUGUCUCGGCGCCAUUGGUCAAACCGGCGGCCCCGGACAGCCAAUCAGCGCCGCUCGCCGCCGCCGCCAGCCAAUCACAGACGGCCGUGUCGCCCGGCCGCGAUGACGUCACCACCCGGCCGCCGCCGGCGGUGUGUGACGUCACACAGGCCAGCAGCGAGCCGGUAUUGGCUGCUGGAGCGGCGCCGGCGGCGACUGAACAGCCAAUGACUGUCGACGAGGCGAGUGACUGCCCGAGUCCACCGGCACCACUCUCAGUCUCAGUCUCCCGUGACGCGUCCAGUGCAGAGGCCAGCCGCGCCACCUCCAGUACCAGCGGGGACGCGUUUCUGAUGGAGGGCGCCUCUCUGGGCAGCAGUGCUGGCAGCUCGCAGAUGGAGGUUCAGGAGCAAGAGGAGGAACGAACCGUGUUUUUGGGGGAGCGGCAAGCGGUGGCGUUUUCUCUGGACGACGCGGCAUCUGGCAGCGCUCAGCCAGAGCUGCCAGAUGACUUUUAUGACGUCACGGUGAACGAUGCCCGCCGGCGGCUGGCCCAGCUCAGAGAGGAGCUUUCAGCGAUGGAUAACAGUCCCCUGCUCACGGCCGGUCAGAGGGAGGCUCGCCGUCAGGCAGACCUCCUGACCAGGCUCUCGGCCCACCGGCAUUGCGUGGUGCGGGUACAGUUUCCCGACCGGCUCGUACUGCAGGGCGUGUUUCUAUCGACAGACACGGUACAGGUGGUGAUGGACUUUACCGCUCAGUUUCUGGAGGACCCCGCCGCCAAAUUCACACUCUUCGUGACUCCGCCCAAGACGCCACUAGCGCCAUCUGCGCGCCUGUUCGAAGUGGACUGCGUGCCGGCAGCUCUAGUUCACGCUGCUGCCGCUGGCGGCGCCACAGUCGCUCUGUCUCCGUCCGUUCGGUCUCGUCUGAGCUCUCCGGCGGGGGCGGCACUGGCUCUGCGAGGAGUGAGAUCGGACCCCUCGUCAGAGAGCACGGGCACAGCCUGUGCGGACUCCGGCUCUGUCUCCGGGUCCGGAUCCGCCUCUGGAUCCGCCUCCGGGUCCGGAUCCUCGGCUGGAGCCCGGAGCAGGGUGGCACGUCCAGCUGCAGCAAGUGGGUCCACCGAGAGGGGUGUGCCAAAGUGGUUCAAAAUGGGGCCGAAGUAGCUGCCUGUCUGCCUUUUGGGGAAUGGGAGGGGUUUGGACGUCGCUAUUAGGAGAGGGUGGGAGGUAGAGCGAGAGAGAGAGAAAGCGAGAGAGAGAGAGAGAGAGGGAGGGAGGGAGGGAGGGAGGGAGGACAAGGGGAUGUGAAGCCUAUUCGUAAUAGAAAGGUGAUGAUGCCGUCGAUAUGAGUACGGUUUGUAAAGAAUGUGAGAGAAGAUCGAAGCCGUUGUGGAGAUUAAUUGAAUGAAUUGGCCAGUUUUCGUCAUAAUAAUCUUCAUUGUCGCCAUGCUAAGCAUCAUCAGUCGAACUUACGGCAUAUUAGCGUGAGUAAUACUUCCAGCAAAAUGUUAGACAUAAUUACAUGACAUAUUGAAGAAUGACACCAUAGUAUGAAUCAGGAUAGUCGAUAGGGGGAUAUUAUUCUCUUGCCAUCCGCUGCUGCUAUGCCUUGGCCUACCACCCUCGGGCUGCUGUUAAACCGACAUUUUAUUGGAAUGCAGACCAUCGUAAGAAAUCGUAAAUGGUUUGUCCAUCGCAUUAUGCUUUACGCAUGCUAAUCAAGCUUUGAUUGCCGCCCGCUGAAACAUGCAUUUAUCAGUGAGCCUUGAAUGUUUUUGGCGCCGUCUAUUGUUCUGUGUUAUAUUACACAUCAUAAUCCGCGCAUUCACAUAGCAACAACUGCUUUUCUGUUAUCCAUCUAUUGGCGUAGCGACUCUCUCAUGCCUAUAUCAAGGCUGUAGAACUCCCACCAAACGCUGUCUUUGGCUGCCUUUCUAACAGAAGCGUGCUGCCACCAGUGCUUUGAUUAGGUCCUGUUGGUGAUUUUGGACCCCAACUUUGGUGACACCACUGUGGUUACGUAACGGAGUUUUCUGGCACGGAUAACAACAGUGAUCGUUACAGGGAUUUGGAACACAAAGUUGGUAGUGGGAGCUCAAAAAAUGAAGCAUCGAAAAUUGUGUCGGCUUCUCGUGUGUUUGUGAAAAUUGUUUGUCUUUUCGUUCCAAUAAUACUUGCAUAGGUAUUGAAUAUCAUUGAAUUGCACUGUUUUUUAUAUUUAACCCUGUCAAUGAAUGUUUAAAUCAAUAAUCCAAUCCACGCAUAUUUUUCUUACAUUGCAACCCCACUCAUCACUCAUAUUCUUCCAUGUUCUGCCUAGCACCACGCGCUAGCCUGCUGCCGGAUGUCAUAUUUCGUGACCGGCAGCCGGGAGGGGGGAGGGGGAGGGGGUCAGUUUGUCAGUGUCCCGUGCCGGGGUCAGCCGCGUGUGUUGACCUUUGGUGUUUUGUCGGCGCGUGGGCCGUGGGCGGGUUAGCCUGGCCUGAGCUGUGAUCCUUUUCGCUGUGGUGAACUGGUGUUAAUAAAGAGAUGAAU